CCAUCACCACAUCCAUCCAUCCAUCCAUCCAGCAUCAUGGAGGAAGAAUGGGAACCACCAGUGCCGGCCGGGUAUAACGACGCCAACCGUGCCUUCAUCCAAGCCUUCAUGGCACGAGGCACCCUGACCUUUCCCGAGGGACAGAAGCUCGUUGCCGCGAUUCUCUCAGCUACCGAGGACGAGACCGUGGACCCGCAGUCCAUCACCCAGGACACAUUCGCCAGCUUUGUCCGCACCGCCCGCGAGGCUGUGGAGCCUCUUGACUACGACAUCCGCAGCUCUCGGGACCAGCUUCGAAAUGGAGAGCGCAUCUGGGCCUUCAUCAACGCCCACAGCGACCCUGCCACCCAGAUGGCCACCACCCGCUCUCCUGAGGAGGUAGCCUACAUUAAGCGUUUGAUGGACCUCCUGUUCGACGAGUUCAACACCGUACGAAUGGAGGUGAUGGCCGUCGACGAGGGACAAGCCCUCAAAGCCUCUCGCCCCAGCAAGCGGCGAGAGAGUCAGCAUGUGAACGGCGAAGACGAGGAAGGCCAACCAUCCACCGCCGCAUCCGACCGUGGUCUCAAGCAUUCCGAGGUUCUGUCCCUCCUCUCCAGCCUCGUGGCCGAAGGCUGGCUGGAGAAGAGCCGUGCCGGGUUUUACAGCCUCAGCCCCCGCGCGCUGAUCGAGAUGUGGAGCUGGCUGGUUGCCACUUACAACGACGAUUCGGCGUCGGCUAGGGACUGGCAACGCAUCAAGUUCUGUGAGUUGUGUAAGGAGAUCGUCACGUAUGGCCAGCGCUGCUCAGAGAGGGACUGCACCAUCCGGCUGCACGACAUUUGUGAGGACCGCUACUGGCGCACGAGGAGGGGAGAGAAGAAGUGCCCCAAGUGCGAGACCGAGUGGGCCGGAAACCAUUUUGUCGGCGAGCGGGCUAUUACCUCACGCCAGGCUUACCAGAGGGGCAGAGGCGGCCGGGCUAAUGGCAAUGGCAAUGGCAGUGCCAGACGGAGCGACUUGGAAGGGGCAGUUGCUGCUCAGCAAGAGGUUGCUGAUGAUGACGAUGAGGACAUGGCGGAGGCUUGAAAAUGUCCUGUUGCAUGGUUUACUCAGCAGUUGUUCAACGGUGUUGCCAUAACACUAGUCUUUUUUUUUUUUUU